CGGAAGUAGGGCGAGAAGCGGUUGCAGCGCGGAGCGGAGGAGGCAGGAAACCGAACGAGAGCAGGCGCUGGGUGGGCACCAUGGCUGGGAUCACCACCAUUGAGGCGGUGAAACGCAAGAUCCAAGUUCUGCAGCAGCAGGCCGAUGAUGCAGAAGAGAGGGCCGAGCGCCUCCAGCGGGAAGUGGAGGGAGAAAAGCGGGCCCGGGAACAGGCUGAGGCUGAGGUGGCCUCCUUGAACCGUAGGAUCCAGCUGGUUGAAGAGGAGCUGGACCGUGCUCAGGAGCGCCUGGCCACUGCCCUGCAAAAGCUGGAGGAAGCUGAGAAAGCUGCAGAUGAGAGCGAGAGAGGUAUGAAGGUUAUUGAAAACCGAGCUUUAAAAGAUGAAGAAAAGAUGGAACUCCAGGAAAUCCAACUCAAAGAAGCUAAGCACAUUGCAGAAGAGGCAGAUAGGAAGUAUGAAGAGGUGGCUCGUAAGUUGGUGAUUAUUGAGGGUGACUUGGAACGCACAGAGGAACGAGCUGAGCUGGCAGAGUCCCGUUGCCGAGAGAUGGAUGAGCAGAUCAGACUGAUGGACCAGAACCUGAAGUGUCUGAGUGCUGCUGAAGAAAAGUACUCUCAAAAAGAAGACAAAUAUGAGGAAGAGAUAAAGAUUCUUACUGACAAACUCAAGGAGGCAGAGACCCGUGCUGAGUUUGCUGAGAGAUCGGUAGCCAAGCUGGAAAAGACAAUUGAUGAUUUGGAAGAUAAACUGAAAUGCACCAAAGAGGAACAUCUUUGUACACAAAGGAUGCUGGACCAGACUCUGCUUGACCUGAAUGAGAUGUAGAGCAUCCCAGUCCUGCCCUGCCGCUGCUCCUCCCUCUGACCCUGACUCUGCCUGAGGCCAGCCUGCUCGAAGCUGACCUUUAAACUGAGGGCUGAUCUUUAACUGGAAGGCUGCUUUCUCCUUUCACUGCCGCCCCCCACCCGCACCCGUCUUUUUCGCCAAAACUGUCUCUGCCUCUCCUCAGAGAUUCUGAUUGGGCUAGAGGCUGAGCACCUUUGGGAACAACAUUUAAGGGAAUGUGAGCACAAUGCAAAGUGUCUUUAAAAGCAUGUUGUGAUGUACACAUUUUGUAAUUACCUUUUUUGUUGUUGACGUGGCAACCAUUUGUGAAACAUUCCAAAUAAUUCCACAGUUCUCAAGCAGCAGUCUAAUUCCUUUCUCACUUUUAGGAGGUAAUUUUUCAUCUUAAUCCAUAUUGCCCUCUCCAUAGAGGAGGGGAAGAGACAUGGGCCUGCCUUACUGAGAGCCAAAUAGCCCAGAGAAAGACUCCACUAUGGGGGAUCAUUGCUUUGUGCAGAGUACUAGCCAAACCAGAAAGGUGAUUCCAGGAGGAGUUGUUCCCCCCCCCCAAAAAAAAAAAAAGUGGUGAUCAAGUUUCACCUUUUAAGGUAUCUUUGGGAAAUUUUGUUUUGUUUUGUUUUUAUCAGAAGUGACCAAAUUAAAUGGUGAGACCUCUCUGUCUGGACCAAAUCCUUGUGCCAUCUCUACCCUCUUCCCAGUGGUUUACAGAAUGGAUUAUGUGCCCCUUAUGUUGAAGUAACCAGUUAUUUGCUCUCCUGCCUCCUUGAAAGAAAGAAAAUUAUGUUUUUGCCACUGAUUUAGCCAUAUGAAACUCAUCUCGUCACCCUUUUCUGGGUCUGAAGCUGCUGUCUCUAAAAGUGCCAUCUCAUUGUGCUUUGUAUCAGUUAGUGCUGGAGAAAUCUUGAAUAGUUUAUGUACAAAACUUCUUAAAUUUUGUAUUAUUUUGAAACUUUGCUUUUUGGGGUUGAGGUGCACUGGCCACCCCAUCUGGCUGUGAGAGCUCACUAGAGGCUGGGCUGGCAGUGUGCUGAUCUUUAAAAGUUUCUUUCCCUACCCAAUACUCCAUUUUUGGUGAGGUUUUUGUGAGGUUUGUUAGGUGCGCAUCCUGCAGCUUAUUGGCUUAAAAUGUACUCUCCUUUGGUGUGGUCUCUUUGGGGGCCAUUUGGGAGAAAGAGAAACCAAUAGUGCAACUGUUUUGAUACUGAAAAUUGACAAGUAUCUUUUUAAAAUAAAGAACCAGUCCCUCCAA